UUCUUUGGCGGCUUCGACGAGAUAAAUUGAUCAAACGCACAGGUCGUAGUGAAGUCGGGCAAAAAACGGGACGAAUUAUAGUGUAUUGACAUACCGGAUUAAUUAUUAAAAUUUAUUGACUUCGGAUCCCUUUAACUGGCGAUUCAAGUUAUUAUUUUUCACAUUUCUUCGAAACUAUGAGAUCGUGAACGACCCCCGUUUUAGUAGUGUUUGUAGUGAAGGCCCAGUCAGUUCGUUCUUUGUCCACGAUUCCACGAAAUGGAUAAGAUGGAUAGUGUUACCGAAGAUGCUGGAUCUCCCAACAAUAUUAACGUACCGGCCAAUAAUAAUAACAACAACAAUAACAACAACAUUACCGCUGAUGACAAGAACGACAAGCUUCGUCGGAUGUUUAGUUGGAGCAGCAACACCAUAAGUGAGGGUUCAGCGAUGGGUGAAAGGGUAGAACCAGUGGUCCCUGGACCAGACUUAGUUGGUGUAAACGUUGAAAGACCUCCACUCCCUCAUCAACAGUCAUCAGUUUAUCAAAAAAGACAACAAGCAGUGUGCGUACGACAUGCCUUCAAACACUACGGCUCGAAGAAGAAACCCAACCAUGUACUUAGUAAUUUAAAUAUGACAGUAGCCAAAGGAACAAUAUACGGUCUACUAGGAGCAUCAGGCUGUGGAAAGACAACCUUACUAUCAUGCAUAGUGGGAAGGCGACGGCUGAACACCGGAGAGAUAUGGGUGUUGGGCGGAAAACCGGGAACAAAAGGCAGCGGAGUGCCGGGCAAACGUGUCGGGUACAUGCCCCAGGAAAUCGCCCUCUACGGCGAGUUCUCCAUCAAGGAGACCAUGAUGUACUUCGGCUGGAUCUUCGGAAUGGGCUCCAGCGAGAUCAACGAAAGGCUUCAGUUCUUACUCAACUUCCUCGAUUUGCCCAGUCAAAAUAGAUUAGUCAAAAAUUUAAGUGGUGGUCAACAAAGAAGGGUGUCCUUUGCCGUAGCGCUUAUGCACGACCCCGAACUACUUAUUUUAGAUGAACCGACCGUAGGUGUGGAUCCUUUGCUCAGACAAAGUAUAUGGAAUCACCUUGUCCAAAUUACGAAGGACGGCAACAAAACCGUCAUCAUAACGACGCAUUACAUUGAGGAGGCCAGACAAGCACACACAAUUGGAUUGAUGAGAAGCGGGAAGCUUCUAGCUGAAGAAUCUCCCCAUGUCCUCCUCUCGAUGUACGGUUGCCAGUCCUUGGAAGAAGUCUUUUUGAAACUGUCCAGGAAACAAACUCAAGGUGGAGUGGUGCCACAGACCGACAUGAAUAUUACAAACAACAUUAGCUUAGCAUCGUUAAAUUGGGGCAAAAAAGAUUCGAUAUCGGUGACGGAAGAAAGUGGAGUGGUCGGCCUGAAUUUUCACCAAAGCAAAGAAAUUUUAGUUCACGACAGCAACGGCCACUUAGAUAUGGGUAAAGCUGGUACAUCAAGGAGUAUAACGGAGGCGUGCGAGGACUGCGGCAAUUGCACAAACUGGACAACGACGGGCAAAAUCCGGGCCCUGAUGCAAAAGAACUUUUUGAAAAUGUGGCGUAACGUGGGCGUUAUGUUGUUCAUUUUCGCACUGCCCGUUAUGCAAGUAAUCCUCUUCUGUUUGGCCAUCGGCGGCGACCCCAAAGGACUCAAACUCGCCAUCGUCAACCACGAAAAGCCGUUCACGAACCUCACCUACCAGGAAUGCGACUUCGAACCGGGCUGUAAGUUUGGCAAUUUGAGCUGUCGAUAUCUGCACUCGCUGAACACGAGUACGAUGGUGAAGCAGUACUACGAGACGCCCGAGUAUGCCAAGGAAGCGGUUAGGAGAGGGGAAGCGUGGGGUGCCUUGUACUUCACGGAGAACUUCACCGACGCUUUGGUUGCUCGAAUGGCCCUAGGAAAAGAUACCGAUGAAGAAACUUUAGAUCAGAGUGAGGUUAGAGUGUGGCUCGACAUGUCAAAUCAACAGAUUGGCGUCAUUCUACAACGGGAUCUGCAGUUAGGUUAUCAAAAUUUUACGAAAGACUUACUUAGAGAUUGCGAACAAAAUCCCGAUCUUGCCGAAGUACCGAUUUCGUUCAAAGACCCGAUUUAUGGAUCCAAUCAGCCAUCGUUCACCAAUUUCGUUGCACCCGGUAUUAUACUGACGAUUGUUUUCUUCUUGGCGGUUGCCUUGACGUCAUCGGCUCUCAUCAUUGAACGGAUGGAAGGACUGUUGGACAGAUCUUGGGUUGCAGGGGUUUCGCCUGGUGAAAUUUUGUUCUCGCACGUGGUGACGCAAUUCGUGGUAAUGUGCGGUCAAACCGCACUCGUCCUCAUAUUCAUGAUCCUAGUAUUCAAAGUAGAAAGCAACGGCGACAUAAUUGUAGUUAUUAUCCUUACGAUUCUGCAGGGUUUGUGCGGAAUGUGUUUCGGUUUCGUAAUUUCGGCGAUAUGCGAGUUAGAAAGAAACGCCAUUCAGAUGGCCCUGGGCAGUUUCUAUCCUACGUUGCUUUUGAGCGGCAUCAUUUGGCCUAUCGAAGGCAUGCCCAUGUUCCUUAGAGGGAUUUCCACCUUUUUGCCUCUUACUUUAGCUACUUCGUCGCUCAGGGCGAUGAUGACGAGGGGCUGGCCCUUCACACAACCCGUAGUUUACUACGGAUUCAUCUCGACAAUAGCUUGGAUUGUAAUAUUCUUGUCGAUUAGUUUAAUGGUUCUGAAGCUUAAAAGAGGUUGAGCUCGUUUCAUAGGUUUAUAUUCAAAAUUUUUCACCAUUGCCCCAUCUUUGAAAGGGUGUCCACAAAAUUGUUUCACUUAAUUUUUAUCCAUUAUGGUUAUAGUCAUUUAUUUAUAAAUCCUUGCCCCGUUUGUAUAUCAUAAUUUGUAUAUGUCUUUUAGUUUUAAGAUUAAUUUUAUACUUUUAUAUACAAUUGCGAUGUCUCAAAUCUUCGAAAAUCAAAGGACUUUAGGAGAGAUAGGAAGACACUUGUAAAUGAAGAAAAAUUAGAGAAAUUAAAAAAUAUUAUUAAAAUCCUGCGAAGGUAGUUACUUGAGACAUAUAGCCAAUUUUACUGCAAAGUGCUCAAAUGUUAAUUUUUAUUGUUAUAGUUGGUUUAUUGAUGUAUGUUUUGAUAUGUGUAGUAUAGCAAUAAAUAAGUACAAAAACGGA